GCACCGCGCGCCGGGGCCGCCUUGAUAGGGGUGGGGGGGCAAGAUGGCGGCGGCUCAGCUGAGGCGGAGGAGCGGCUGAGGUUAUUACAUCUUGCAAAAUUGAAGACAGCUUCUUGGCUAACAAUGCCUGGCAGAUACCAAACUUGAAAAAGGGCAGACUAUAAAACAAAGAAAGAGCACCCAAACAGUAACUUCCCAGGAUGAAGCAAUAUGUUCCAGUUCCAACUAUUGAGCAGGACAAACCCUAUGACUACAACUUUGCAUUGGAACCACGUCCAUAUAUGUGUUUGGGAGUAUGCUGUUGCUGUGCUGCUUUGCGCCCUCGUUACAAACGGCUGGUGGAUAACAUAUUUCCAGAAGACCCCAAAGAUGGCCUUGUUAAAGCUGAUAUGGAGAAGUUGACCUUCUAUGCAGUUUCUGCUCCAGAGAAGCUGGAUCGAAUAGGUGCUUACCUAGCAGAGAGACUGAGCAGAGAUGUCGUUAGACAUCGCUUUGGGUAUGUUUUAAUUGCCAUGGAGGCAUUGGACCAACUUCUGAUGGCUUGCCAUUCUCAAAGCAUAAAACCAUUUGUGGAAAGCUUUCUGCACAUGGUGGCCAAGUUGCUGGAGUCGGGGGAACCAAAACUUCAAGUUCUUGGAACCAAUUCUUUUGUCAAAUUUGCCAAUAUUGAGGAAGACACACCUUCCUAUCACAGACGCUAUGACUUUUUUGUUUCUCGGUUCAGUGCCAUGUGUCAUUCCUGUCAUGAUGAUACAGAAAUACGAACUGAGAUCCGGAUUGCUGGAAUCAGGGGUAUUCAGGGAGUGGUUCGCAAAACAGUUAAUGAUGAACUUAGAGCAACCAUAUGGGAGCCUCAGCAUAUGGACAAGAUAGUUCCCUCGCUGCUGUUUAAUAUGCAGAAGAUCGAAGAUUUUGACAGUCGUAUUGGUCCACCUUCAUCCCCUACAGGAGGUGAAAAAGAAGAAAACCCUGCUGUAUUGGCUGAGAACUGUUUCAGAGAACUACUAGGCCGAGCAACCUAUGGGAAUAUGAACAAUGCUGUCAGACCCGUUUUUGCGCAUUUAGACCACCACAGACUAUGGGACCCCAAUGAAUUUGCUGUCUCCUGCUUCAAAAUCAUCAUGUAUUCUAUACAGGCUCAAUACUCCCAUCAUGUAAUUCAGGAAAUCCUGGGACACCUGGAUGCUCGUAAAAAAGAUUCACCACGAGUGCGAGCAGGGAUUAUUCAGGUUCUUUUGGAAGCAGUGGCCAUUGCUGCUAAAGGAUCCAUAGGCCCAACUGUCUUGGAGGUCUUUAACACCCUGCUGAAGCACUUGCGUCUUAGCGUUGAUUUUGAAUUAGGGGACGGACGUAGCUCAACUGACAGUGCCAUUGUCAGCACAGGCUCCAAAGAAAGUGAUGAGAGGAUUGUCCAGAAUGCCAUUAUUCAAACAAUUGGGUUUUUUGGAAGCAAUCUUCCAGAUUACCAGAGAUCAGAGAUUAUGCUGUUCAUCAUGGGGAAAGUACCUGUUUUGGGGACAUCUUCACAUUCACUGGAUACAAGUUAUCUUGGGGAUUUGGGAACUAGGCGAAUUCAGAUCAUGUUGCUGAGGUCUUUAAUUAUGGUGACUUCAGGAUAUAAUGCAAAGACCAUUGCUGCUGCACUUCCUGCUGCAUUUCUUGAUCCUUUACUGUCUCCUUCACUUAUGGAAGACUCUGAACUAAGGCAGUUGGUCUUGGAAAUAUUGCAUAAUCUUAUUGAUCGGCAUGACAACCGAGCAAAACUUAGAGGAAUAAGAAUUAUACCUGAUGUUUCUGAUCUGAAGAUAAAACGAGACAAAAUUACGCGGCAAGAUGUGAGCUUCAUGAAAAAGCAUGGACAGCAGUUGUAUAGGCACAUUUACUUAGGCUGUAAAGAAGACGACAAUGUUGAAAAGAACUUUGAAUUGCUGUACACAUCUCUAGCACUUACCACGAUUGAACUAGCUAAUGAAGAAGUGGUCAUUGACCUCAUUCGACUGGCCAUUGCUUUGCAGGACAUUGCCAUCAUUAAUGAGGAUAACUUGCCAGUGUUCAAUCGCUGUGGGAUCAUGGCAUUGGUUGCAGCUUACCUCAAUUUUCUAAGUCAGAUGAUUGCAGUCCCUGCCUUUUGCCAACAUGUCAGCAAAGUCAUUGAAACUAGAACUGUGGAAGCACCCUAUUUUCUUCCAGAAAACAUAUUCAACAAGUGCACUUUUCCAAAAUCCUUGGAGAAGCACGAAAAAAAUUUGUUUUUCCUGACAAACAAGAUUGCAGAGUCAUUAGGUGGCAGCGGAUACAGUGUGGAAAGACUGUCAGUUCCAUAUGUGCCCCAAGUAACAGAUGAAGACAGACUUUCCAGAAGGAAGAGUAUUGUGGACACUGUGUCUAUUCAGGUGGAUAUUCUGCCUGGCAGCAACUCAGAGGAUAAGGUCAACAACACCGAAGAAAUCACCUUUGAAGCUUUGAAGAAAGCCAUUGAUAAUACUGGACUUGAGGAGCAAGAGAAGGAAAAGAGACGCCUUGUAAUCGAAAAAUUCCAGAAAGCACCUUUUGAAGAAAUUGCAGCACAAUGUGAAACCAAAGCGAACUUGCUUCAUGACAGACUUGCACAGAUACUGGAGCUCACCAUUCGUCCUCCACCUAGCCCUUCGGGAACGUUGACUGUUACCGCUGGACAUGCUCAUUACCAAUCCGUUCCAGUCUAUGAGAUGAAGUUUCCAGAUCUUUGUGUGUAUUAAGUGUCUUCUGAAGUCUGCUGGACAUUAUUUAGAGUAGAGUACAAUAGAAAGACCAAGAAGAGUUGUCAAGUUUUUGUUGUUCGUUUUGUCAAAUGAACAUAGUUUUUAGAAGAAACAGUGGACCUAAAACAAAUAGGGAUGGUUUUUAGCCAGCCUUCAAAAUUAUUCUGCACUGUUUAUUCUUCAAUAAAAUUUAAAACUAGGCUAAUUAUGUUCACCUUAUCACUUUUUCUUUUAUAAAUUAUUCAUAUUUCAGCAGGUUUAAAAGAGAGAACUUUUUUGCCAAAGGCUCAAACAAAAUUUUACAAAAGUUCCUAAAAGUAGGUGCUGUAUUUGCAAUUCGUGGUUGCAGCCCUUGCCACUCCCCUCCUCCCCCAGCUCACCCACACAAACCCACACCUCUGGUUUACCCUGGGUAGAUGCUUUAGGCUCACUUAAUCAAUGGAGCAGUAACUUUGCUUCCUUAUGAAAAUGUUUUGUAGAACAGGGGUCGGCAACGUUUUUGGCCAGAGUACCAAAAUCACCCCAAGCUUUACCCAUGCUUCGACUUAGCGUGCCAGAGAUGGGGAAGCCACAAGGGGCCUGAUCCUCAUUGCUGGCAGGGGCUGCACAUAUGCAUCCGGGUGGACAGCGGGGUGCUCUAGCCCCUUCUCCGCCACGUGCUGCAAGCUGUGCUUGCACCUGCUACCUCCACGGAGCUGGUGCCUGGGCUCCACAGCCCAGCCCAGCACAGCUGUCUGCAGCCUCCCUGCUGCCUGGCACAGCUGGCUUGGGUUCUGGGCAUCUGUAGCAGGCAGCCAGGAGGCUACAAACAGCUGUGCCAGGCUCUGCAGCCCUGGCACCAGCUCCAUGGCAGCUGCGCGUGCGCCUCCAGGCAGACAGUGGGGAAGAAGCCAGGAUUGCACUGCCCAAGCCCCUUCCCCUCCAUGCGCUGCAAGCUGCACAUGCACCCGCUGCUGCCACAGAGCCAGUGCUGGGGCUCUGUAGCCCAGCACUGCUGUUUGCACCCUCCCAGCUGCCUUCCACAGCCAACCUGGGCUCCAGGCAUCUAUAGCAGGUGGGUGGAAGACUGCAAACAGCUGUGCCAGGCUCCACAGCGCUGGCAUCAGCUCCAUUGCAGCGGCAGCUACACACAUGCCUCUGAGCAGAUGGUGGGAGAGAAGCCAGGUUUGUGAUGCCCAAGGCUCCUUCCCGCCAUGCACCCAGAGGUGCAUGCACAGCUGCCUCAGCCACAUGCAGCUGUUCAUAGCCUUCCAGCUGCAGCUGACCCAGGCUCUGGACGGCAGCUGGCAGAAGCUGCCCAGAGUCUGGGUUGGCUGUGGCAUGCUGAAGAAAAUGACCUCGCGUGCCAUGCUCUGGCAUACGUGCCAGGCCAAUCCCUGUUGUAGAAGCUACUUGCUACUAUGGAAUAUAUUAAAGAAACGACCCAUCAUCUGUUCAAUUGCAGUAAAAAUGAGCAACUGAACACUUGUUAAAAGUUUGUGAUAAAUGAUUAAUAUACUGGAUUUCUAAAAAGCUCAUUAUAUGUGCUGUUUUUUGCUGAAAACUACAAUGUUCUGCUUAAGAGAUGGAAAGUCUUCUCUUGGCGCAUUGAAAUGUGCAAUAUUUUUUGAUGUUUAAGGGUGUAUAGUUUACAAGACUAUGCUUUUGAAAAGGCAGUAGUGUUUUGCUGUGUCUGUUUUAGAUAAACAAGAGAUAUAUAUUUAGUAUAGCAAUAAACUGAGGGCAUUUUAAAACAUAAAUACAGAAUUAGAGAUUAUAUUAUAUGAAAUGUUUCUGUAGUUUGGUAAUAUAGGUUUUUAAUGAUAUUUUGCAAAUUGAAAGAAAACUGUGGAUGAAACAUUUGAAAGUUUAGAAUUUAUUAGAUGUGUUUUCAAGCAAAAGCAUUUUACAGAUGCGCUGUUUGCAUAUAUUUUUCUUGUGACUGACAAGUCUUCCUGUAGAUAUGGAAAAUAGAUGUGCAAAUGUUCAUAGGUUUAUGUAUCUGAACGUAAAUUUCAAAUACAAACAGAAAAUAAAAUAAAAUCAUCCUAUAGUGAGUUGUACAGGAUUUGAUGGUGAUUGGCAGUGUCAGUGGGUCCCGUUGAGAAAUUUUAACCCAUUGAGAAAUUUUGAGUAGCCCAAUGCCGUGUGCAGGUAGGCUUCAAAGUCCAGCAUAGCUGGAUUUUCUGGAAGCAGCAGACACUCUGAACAUAUGUUCUCGAUACUUCAGUUAUGGCUUUCAAUUUUUAAGAAGUUUGAACAAGUUUAGACUGAGAUGAAUAGUGCAUUAGCAUCAACUUUGUUUUAGCAUAGAGAAGCAAGCCAAUCUGUUCAUUGUCCUUGGCAUUUCUAGCUUUUGCACAUGUUUGCGCUCCUGCUAUGUAAUGUAGGACUUCUGCAUUUUUUAAACUGAAGUACAAAGUUCUUUUAAAGAUCUUUAAAGGCAUGAAGCAACAUAUAUUUUUAGAGAUUUCAGCUACUUAAACCUAUGAGAUGACACUUUCAGAAAUCAUUCGCAAAACUCAAAAAGGUAAUUGAGACCUUCUUUUCAGUUUGACAGUGCAAUCACAGCUGUUAGUGGAUGACGAAACAGCCCCUUACCUACAGCAUUCCGUUGUGAUUGUUACUGCUGCAACGUAUCAGCCUGAUCUGACCAGAGUCAUCACAUUAAUAGAACUCGUUGUCACCCUAGUUUUUUAGUUGUCACUUUUUGUUUUUUUAAGGUAAGCCAUGCUAGUUUUUUGACGUAUAUAAAGAGUGUAAUUUUUUAAGUAAUGAAUCAAACCGGGGGACACAAUGUAAGACACCGUCCACUGAUGUCAUUUUAUAAAGUAACACUGUGUGCUUUUGUACAAAAAAAAAAGAAAUAGAAUUAAGGAGUUUAAAGAAUAAGAAACAAAGAAUGUACUUUCAUUUGCACUGUUGCAGUAAGCAGACUCUGCUGUAAAUACAGACUUUCUUCUGGUUAACUGAAUUUUGUUGCAUGUAUACUGCAUGUGAACAGUUCUAUUCAGCAUUUCACUUACAAUUCAUUGGAAGUCUGUUUAUGAAGUAAUUUUCAUUUAUUAACAUGGUAGGCUUCCACGUGUUAUAAACUCAGACAAGCCAUGCCUAGGAUGUGCGGGUAGGAAGAAAUAAAAGGUCUAUAAUCUUCAGAGGAUUGGCAUGGCAUUUGAUUUCCUCCUAGCUGGAAAUGUAGAGUCUGCAAGUUCCUCCUAGCUGGAAAUGUAGAGUCUGGAGAUUGAUUCUGGCCAUUUUGGACAAAGAAUUUGAGAUAUAUGGGGGUCCAUUGUGUAAUAUGUUGUACCCGACAGUUUAUCGUAGUAAAUUGUAGGUAAUAAAACCAAAUAUAUUUAAAACUGUUCUAAUGUAUACAGUUGCUUUGCAUCAGUUAUUUCUUUCUGUUCCUGAAAAGUCGAACAGCUUAGAAUCCAAAAUGUGCACAAUGGGCCUAUAGUAUCUGUGAUGGUUUCAAUACUGUUUGGUUGUUUAUGGUACCCAGUUGAUGUUUGUAUGUGUUGCAGCUUUUGCUUUAAACUCUUUUAAAUGUACUGUCACUUUGAGUAAUUUUGAAUUUUGGUAGCAAUUCAUUUAAAGUAAAUGAAAUCUGUGUUGCUUUUGGAAGCAACAAUUAGCCUGUUGUCCAAAGUCAGAGUAGGGCAGCUUUUUCUGUUUUAUUGAUGUUCCUCUAUUUUCUGUACUGUCUGUAAUGAACCCGUUUCAUGAAAUGUAACAAUACACUGUGCAAUCAACAUUUAAGCAAUAAAUAAACCAAAAAGUUAAAAUAA